AUGAAUGGGCCUCGAACUUCAGCGAUGGAUAUCGAUAGUAUCCAGCUGGAGGAUGCUUUGGGCCCUUCCAUAUGCAUACCCUCCUGCGAUAAUAAAUCCAUAAUACACUCUGGCCAGCCUGGAUUUCUCGAGAUGAUGAAUAAACAUUAUCCAAAGGAUGAAAUGAAAGCAAGGCAUUUAAUCAGCGUCCUAAAGUUAAAACUCUAUACCCUACAAGGCCAGGAAUUUUGGAAAACCCUUAUGACUGGUAUGGCGGACAUUACAGGGUCGCAGUACACAUUUGUAGCCAAAAGAGUAUUAAAGGGCGAUGCAAAGAGUGCAGUCGAAUACCCACCGCUUGGCGAGGAAGGAUCCUGUCUUAUGGGCCUCGCUUACUACGUGCGGAAUCACGACGGUAAGGACGCACUCUACAACGACAUCCAAUAUAAGGGCUACAAGUGUCCAUGCGCACACAUGAAGCACGAUAAAGUCCUUGUAAUUCCAGAUAAUCUACAGAGUCUGUUUCCCGAUAACCCGAACGGCGCCUCUCUGCCAAUUCCAGCUGAAGCGUACCUAGCAAUACCGCUUUUCACAGAAGGUAAAUGCUACGGCCACAUCGGCAUGAUGUGGUCGAAAUGGGGUUUAGAUAACAGGCCUGGGCUGAGUUGGGCAGUCCUUGAGCUCUUCAUGAAGUCUCUCGAAGAUCUAGUUACUUGGCGAAUUCUGGAAAAGCCAGGAAACCCAUCAGAUACAAUAGCCCCGGGCACAAAACCCUGGAAUCCGUUUAUGGGCAAUGUUGUUCUCCACGAAGAUGUGUCUCCCCAGCAAACAAUACGGCCGGCAGCAAGAAAUCUGUCACAUGAAUUACGGACACCUUUGCAAGGUGUCGUAGGCAUGUUGGACGUGAUGCUUGCUUCGUUGGAUUCUCUAGAUGAUGAACCAACACCGAUCCUUCUACGCCAAUUUGUCUAUGAUAUGAGGAAAAAUAUCGAGAAUUGCCAAGACAGCGCACAACGGGUAGUUGACGCCGCAGACAACAUGGUUCAUGCGUUAGAUCUAAAUUCAGACAUCGCUCUAGACCCACCGGCUCUGCCUCGUCCGGACCCUCUCCCCACAGCUCUUCUAGCAAAGGUAAAUGCAACAUACGUAGCAGAUUCUUUAGUAAAUCCAAAAAAACGGAAGCGGAGCGAUGGCAAUGAUAACGCCGGCCCACCGGCUCCGCUUCCACCUGGCCGCUCCAAAACACCACCAGCAGAAAACAGCAAGCGCCGUACUUAUCGCCUACGCGGCAGCAGAGCAAACAGUCUUCCACCCGAAGAGCUUUCAAAAAGGGAAAUUGAUACGUCGUUGAACCGGCCGGGAAGCGUCUUGCCUCUCCCACCCACCGGACAAACCCCAUCUGGUACGCAUACUAUUCACCAGGAAGCCUCUGGUCAAGUCACCCUCAACCACAGGAGGCUCAAUUUGAUUGAAUUCAUCUCUGGGAUGUUGCAGGUCGCCUUAAAAAGCGGCGGCAGACCAGAAAAGGUCCAGGUCGUACCUAAUCAAUUCGGAGAGGUUGUGACGGCGACAAGGAGAUCGGGAACCUUGAAGAUCGAUUGGUCGGUCGAGUUCGUUCCACCGAUGCUCAUUAUCGCUACCGUCUCUCAAGAUUCUAAGUGCGUUCAGUUCAAGGUCACAGACACCGGACCGGGCAUUCGACCAGAGUUUGUUCCUCAUAUUUUCAGAAUGUGGCGCAGACAGGAUAACAGCCUUACUCGAGCCUUUGAUGGGGUUGGACUUGGUUUAUUUGUCGCGAAAAGGCUAGCUGCUCGACUUGGGGGCGACAUCACUCUCGUCAAUACUGUUACAGAAGGCGAAAACACCGGUUCGGAAUUUCGUAUUGUAUUGCCGAUUGAGAUGGGUAAGGACCCAAAGCAUGGAAGGUCAGGCUCACCAGCGAUCGCGGCGAGGAAACCCAUCGACAGGUAUUCUUUAAUGCAAGGAUUGGCUUCUCCGGACUUCCCACGGCCUACAACUAGCUCAACCGAAGUCUCUUCUCCUGUUUUGACGACACAUACUCGGAAUGGAUCGGGGCCCCAUGCUAUGACCAACGGAGCUAUCGAAGAAGAAUCAGUUCCUUAUCGCCCGCGUAAACAAUCCCUAACUUUCCGUCAACCAGUCAACGGCAUUCAUGCCAGGAAAUCCAGCAAGAAGGGCCGCUUCGACAAGGAUCUUGGCAAAAAGAUUCCACUCCGUAUUCUCGUUGUCGAGGACAACAACAUCAAUCGCAACCUCAUCACUAAGAUGCUUAGGAAUCUCGGCUUCGCCGACAUAAUUGAAGCAGAAGAUGGGGAAGAUGCCGUGGCCGCCAUGGCAGCAGCCACUAGCUUUGGGCGGCCCAUCGAGCUCAUUCUUAUGGAUCUAUGGAUGCCUAAAAUGAAUGGUAUCGAGGCUACAGAGAAGAUAUUUGCUCUCCCAGAAUACGCCAACGGGUCAAAGAAGCUUACAGUUUUGGCCGUCAGCGCAGACGCUAGUCCCGAUGCUCAUAGGGAUAUCACUAGGGUUGGAAUGCAAGGAUUUUUGAAAAAGCCAUAUACGAUUGAAGGUCUGGAACAGCUUAUUCUUGACAAUUUCAAACACGGCUACUCAACAACUGCGGCGACCAUGUAG